UAUUAUGCUAAAAAUUUACAGCAUGAUCUCUUGACUGUUAUUUUGUUAAUAAAUAUUAUAAUUAAUUAAUAACAAUGGCUGAUUUUGAUUCAGAUUUAUUUGAUGCAUUUGAUGAAGCAAAUGAUAGUGUACAAGUGAUUCCAUCGCCUCAAACAUCAAACGUAAAUGAUAAACAAACUUCCAAUGAUGACAUUGAAAUUAUCGAAAACAAUGAGUCAACAGGUGAAAAACGUAGUCACGAUGUGGACAUGGAAUUUGAUACAAAAAAAAUUAAAACAGAUUCACUUCUUGAUGAUAUAAAUCUUGAAGAGCUUGUGACUCAAAUAAAAAUUCAUAAAAUUGAAACAAUUGAAUCUUGUACUCAUGAAGUUGCUGUACCACCAAAUCAUGAAUACAUACCACUUGAAACAAAUCCAUUGAUACCACCAGCAAAAGAAUAUAAAUUUAUUCUUGAUCCAUUUCAAAAAGAGGCAAUUUUAUGUAUUGAAAAUAGUCAAUCAGUUUUAGUAUCAGCUCAUACAUCAGCUGGAAAAACAGUUGUUGCUGAGUAUGCAAUAGCAUGUUCAUUACGUGAUAAACAACGUGUUAUAUAUACAACACCAAUAAAAGCAUUGAGUAAUCAAAAAUAUCGUGAAUUUUAUGAAGAAUUUAAAGAUGUUGGUUUGGUAACUGGUGAUGUUACAAUAAAUCCAACAGCAAGUGUUUUAAUAAUGACAACUGAAAUUUUACGUAAUAUGUUGUAUCGUGGUUCUGAAGUUAUGCGUGAAGUUGGUUGGGUUAUAUUUGAUGAAAUUCAUUAUAUGAGAGAUAAAGAACGUGGUGUUGUUUGGGAAGAAACAUUAAUAUUAUUACCAGAUAAUGUACAUUAUGUAUUUUUAUCAGCAACAAUACCAAAUGCUCGACAAUUUGCUGAAUGGGUUGCACAUUUACAUCAUCAACCAUGUCAUGUUGUUUAUACUGAUUAUCGUCCAACACCACUUGAACAUUUUAUUUAUCCAGCUGGUGGUGAUGGUAUACAUCUUGUUGUUGAUGUUGAAGGACGUUUUAAAGAAGAUAAUUUUAAUCGUGCAAUGAGUAUAUUACAAAAUUCUGGUGAUGCUGCAAAAGGUGAUCAAAAAGGUAGAAAAGGUGGUUUACGUGGUGGUAGUUCAGCAACAUCAAAUAUAUUUAAAAUGGUUAAAAUGAUUAUGGAAAGAAAUUUUGCACCAGUUAUUAUAUUUAGUUUUUCAAAAAAAGAUUGUGAAUUAUAUGCAAUGCAAUUAGCACAACUUGAUUUAAAUACAAAUCAAGAAAAAAAACUUGUUGAUGAAGUAUUUAAAAAUGCAAUGGAUGUAUUAAGUGAAGAUGAUCGUAAAUUACCACAAGUUGAAAAUGUAUUACCAUUAUUACGACGUGGUAUUGGUAUUCAUCAUGGUGGUUUAUUACCAAUAUUAAAAGAAACUGUUGAAAUAUUAUUUGGUGAAGGUUUAAUAAAAGCAUUAUUUGCAACUGAAACAUUUGCAAUGGGUCUUAAUAUGCCAGCAAGAACAGUAUUAUUUACAGCACCACGUAAAUUUGAUGGUAAAGAUUUUAGAUGGAUAACAUCUGGUGAAUAUAUACAAAUGUCUGGACGUGCUGGUCGUCGUGGUCUUGAUGAAAAAGGUAUUGUUAUAUUGAUGAUUGAUGAACAAGUUAGUCCAUCAGUUGGAAAAGAAAUUGUACAAGGUAAAGCUGAUCCAAUCAACUCAGCAUUUCAUUUAACUUAUAAUAUGGUUUUAAAUCUUUUACGUGUUGAAGAAAUUAAUCCUGAAUAUAUGCUUGAAAGAAGUUUUUAUCAAUUUCAAAAUCAAGCUUCAAUACCUGGUCUUUAUGAUAAAGUUAAAGAAUUACAAUCAUCAUAUGAUGAUAUUAUUGUUGAUAAAUAUCAUGAGAUAUCUAAGUAUCAUGAUAUACAAGUACAGCUUGAACGUUUAAAUACAAAUUAUCGUAAAUAUAUAACAACACCACAAUAUUUAUUACCAUUUUUACAACCAGGAAGAAUGGUUAAAAUUAAAAAUGACAUGCAUACAUUUGAUUGGGGAAUUGUUAUUAAUUUCAAGAAAAAAAAUCCAAAAAAUCCAAAAGAAGAAGCAACACUAAUUGUUGAUAUAUUACUUCAUGUAUCAAAAAAUUCAAAAGAAGGUGCACCUGUACCAUGUGCUGUAAAUGAAGAUGGUGAUGUUGAAGUUGUGCCUGUUCUUCAUACACUUAUAUUUGAAAUAAGUUCAUGUAGAAUUGUCCUACCAAAAGAUUUACGACCAUCUGAUAAUCGUAAAAGUGUUUUAAAAACAAUACGUGAAGUUAAAAAAAGAUGUAACGGUGUUAUACCAUUGUUAGAUCCAAUUACAGAAAUGAGAAUAAAUGACACGACAUUUAGUGAUAUUUAUAAUAAAAUAAAAAUACUUGAAAGUAAAUUAAAAGAACAUUCACUAAAUGACGAUGUUAAUUUAGGAGAAUUAUAUAAUACCUAUUUGAAAAAAGAAGAAAUUGGUGAUGAAUUAAAACAAGCAAAAAAUGAAUUAAAACAAGCUAAAUCUGUAUUACAAAUGGAUGAAUUAAAAUGUAGAAAACGUGUAUUAAGAAGAAUGGCAUAUUGUACUGCUGCUGAUGUUAUUGAAUUGAAAGGACGUGUUGCUUGUGAGCUUAAUGGUGCUGAUGAAUUAUUAUUAACUGAAAUGAUAUUUAAUGGUUUAUUUAAUGCACUUAAUGUACCACAAAUGGCAGCAUUAUUAAGUUGUUUUGUUUGUGAUGAAAAAUCAAAUGAAAUGCCAAAAAGUACCAAUGAACUUAGUGGUCCAUUACGACAAAUGCAAGAUCUUGCAAGAAAAAUUGCUAAGGUAUCAUCAGAAGCUACACUUGAUCUUGAUGAAGAUAAAUAUGUUGAACGUUUUAAGCCAUUUUUAAUGGAUGUCGUAUAUGCAUGGUGUAAAGGUGCAAACUUUUUACAAAUAUGCAAAAUGACUGAUAUAUUUGAGGGUUCAAUUAUUCGUUGUAUGAGAAGACUUGAAGAAAUUUUACGACAACUUAGUCAAGCUGCUAAAAAUAUUGGAAAUACUGAUUUAGAAAAUAAAUUCAGUGAAGCUAUUAAGAUUCUAAAGCGUGAUAUUGUAUUUGCUGCUUCACUUUAUUUGUAGUAAAAAAAUUUAAUUAAAUAAUAAUAACAUUUUUAAUAAAUAAAUAUUUUUUUUUUUUUGCUUUUUUUAA